UCGGGCUUUUUUCGUCGCCAGAGUUGUGGUCGUGGCUGCUAACUGCUAAGCAAUUUUGUUCCCCCCCAAGCCUUUUUUUCUUCUUUUUAUAGCGUCCAAAUAUCUAAAUCUAAACUCUGUUUCUGUGAUUCUUCAUUGCAAUCUGCAUUUUUCCUUCGUCUGUGUGUGUUUCCAUGGAAGGAAACAUGAACAAUGAUCAAGUCACGUGCUCGCUUUUCUAGAAUCUGAGUUGUUUUUUUUAAUGGCACGUGAUGAUUAACUGAAUGAUGCUUUGAAGGACACUGUGUGUGCCGAUGAUAUAUUAGGAGGGCAGAGAAAUGGAAGAUUUCCUUUGGAUGGAAUAGUUUAUUGGGAGUGUAUAGAGAUUUUGAGUAGCAGGGUACAAACUGGUUUUGUGGUUUUGAUUAGAUGGACAUUGUUUUGGAUCUAGAUGACCAGUCCCUGCAAUUGUUCAUGAGAAAUAUUGUGGCUUCUUUUGGGGGAAAUUAUGUUGUUGUGUGGACAUUGGAUCAGACUACAAGAGAGCUUGUUUGCAGAGAUGGAUGGUAUAACAAAGAAAUGGAAGCUGGGUCCUCCUCAAUGACGGAGAGUGUGGGUCUCAGGCUUUUCAAUUUUUACAGGCUCUCGAGAUUUGCUCUAGGUAUAGGUGUCCCAGCUUUGGCAUUGGAUACACAGACUUUUAUUUGGCUAAAAUUGACUGAAGUAUUGAACUUCUGCUGCAACGACGAGCAGCGCAAUUUUUACAUUGUGGCGGGGAUUCAGACUGUAAUAUUCGUACCUUGCGGAAAUGGCGUAAUAGAGUUGGGAACGACUAACCCAGUUCCACCAAAUGAGGAUUUUCAAUUGCAGAUUUCAAACGCUCUGGCGCCACUUAUUCCGCUUGUUCAGCCCCGGCAAACGUCAUCUUCGACCUCAUCUUUCCGGUCAAUUGACAGCCCGGAAAGUUCAACUACUACGACGACUACGACUACGACUGCAGCUGCACCGGAACAACUACCCGUUUCUUGUUUUCCGGUUGAAUCCUUUCAAGCGGUUCUGCCAUUCCUGCAGCCAUUUGUACUCCCAUAUCAAAUCUCAACCAGCCCGAGCGAAUACAUGUCAUCCCUAGGCGCACCUCAGCCAAGGAUUGUUCCACCUCAGCUGCCACUGCUGCCCAGGCAGCCUUUGUCACAGCUGGCCAACAGACGUGGCGCGUUUGGGGCUUGGAGAGCAGCAGGUGUAAUACCUCGUCGGACGGGUGGUGGUCAUAUGAGAUUUAAGAGAUCGGUGGAAUUACUGAAACAUAUUCAUGCUCAAAGAAUGAAACAAUUUGAGGCUUCUGCUACAGGGCGCCCAACUACACCCAUUUCCAGCAGUCAACUUCAUCACAUGAUCUCUGAGCGCAGGAGGAGGGAAAAGCUCAAGGAGAGCUUCGAUGCAUUGCGCUCUCUUCUUCCACCGGGUUCUCGGAAAGACAAGGCUUCCAUCUUGGCGAAUACCAGGGAAUAUUUAAGCACCCUUAACUCACGGGUCCAAGAACUACAAACAGCCAAUCAACGACUAGAAUCAUUAUCAAGAACCAAUCAAGGGACAGGACAAAGUGGUGAAAAUGCCCCCCAAACUGGCGCCUUUAUUGCAACAGCUGUAACAGUUGAAGAAGAAGAAGAACAACAAGAGGAGGAAUCUAUUCAGAGCGCUGAAUUUGGACUGAGAAUAACGGUGACAAAUCCUUCAAAUACGAUUGAUGUGAUCAUCUCUGUUCUAAACACUCUCAGACAGAUGGAGAUUGAUAUGAUAUCCUUGACCUCACAAACAGAAGCUGCGCCCCAGUUAACACUUAGGCUAAGAAUCAGACUACCACAAGAGACAAGGGGGGACCCAGCGAGGCGAGGUGAAAUCAAAGAUGGAAUACAGAGAACUUUGAAUAGGCGGCCCCAGAACUAAUUCCCAUUUUUGUUCUCCCUUUUCUCUUUAAUUGAAUUCAAUGGCGGCCAGCCGCCGCAGCAUACACAUAAGCAAUAUACAACAAUUUUGGUCAAGAGUCUCCAGUCCAGUCAACAUUAGUUUUGCUUGCUCACAGAUUCAUUCGUUUAUUUUUUUUAAAGAUCUUCUUCGAUCCGUAACUUGUACCAGUAUGUGAGAGAACUUGAGGAUUAACGUGGAUCUUUUUUAUAUAAAGUCUUCAAAAGUCAUUUUCUAUGAUGUUGUUCUAAGAAGAAAAAGCCUAUCAAUCAAAUGAGUAGCAGCUCCCCUACUACCUUUGAAUAUGGUCAAAAUA